AUGAAUUUCCACUUGUUGUUACAUUAUCCAAUUUAUAUAAAAAAUUGGGGUGCACCAAAAUACACUUCAGCUGAAACUUUUGAAGCACAAUUCUCAAGAAUUAAAAAUUAUUUAAAUAAUAAUACAAAUAAUAGGGACGAACAAUAUGAAAGGGUUACCAAAUUAAACAUGGUGAAAUUUUUUAAAUCAGUAGAUAAAUUAAAAAGUAUUGAAAUUGAAAGUACAGCUUUAAUUAUUGGUAACAAAAUAAAAAAUCCAGAUAAUUUAGAUAACAUAAAAAUUAAAUUAGAUUCAUUAUUUCAAAAUUAUAAAAAUAUAAAUAAUCACUCAUCAAUUAAAAAUAAUAAAGAAAUAUACAAUGUUGGUGAUGCAGUUGAAGUUGCAUCAGAUAAUGAACUUUCAGGUAGAUGGUCAGGUAUUAUCAAUUCAAUAUCAAUGAUUGAAAUGGAUGAUAACAUAAUAAAACAUGCAAUAUUAUUAAAUUAUUUGACAAAUAUGUUGGUGACCAAUUUAACAAAUACCAUUUUCUUUCAAAUGAAUUAA